CCUCUUCCUCUUCCUCUUCAUCUUCAUCUCCAUCUUCGUCAUCUCUCUGAAUUUCAAGCAGUUCUCGCAAGGAGGAGAAAAUGGACCCAGACGCUUCGGAGGUUGCGCGCGAUUUCCGCCCCUUCUUCAGGGUCUACAAGGACGGACGCGUGGAGAAGUACAAGCUGUUCGACCAAGUCAAGCCCGUCCCUGCCGGCCUCGACCCCGCGACCGGGGUCGAGACCAAGGACGUCGUCGUCUCGCCCGAGACUGGCGUGUCGGCCCGGAUCUUCUUCGCCCGCAAGGCCAGCGGGCCGGAUCGGAAGCUGCCCCUCCUCGUCCACUACCACGGGGGUGGGUUCUGCGCCGGGUCGCCGUUCGACACGGCGUCGCACGGCCUCCUCUCCACGAUGGUGACUCGGGCCGGCGUCGUCGCUAUCUCCAUCGGUUACAGGUUGGCCCCGGAAAACCCACUUCCCAUUGCUUACGAGGACUCGUUCGAAGCCCUAAAGUGGAUUGCAGGCCACUCGGGCGGAUCCGGCCCGGAGCCAUGGCUGAACCAGUACGCGGAUCUUGGGCGGGUCUUCAUAGUGGGGGAGAGCGCCGGAGCCAACAUAGGCCACUACGUGGCUGUCCGAGCGGGCGCGGCCGGAUUGGCGGGAAUCAGGAUCAAGGGCAUGCUGAUAGUGCACCCGUUCUUCGGAGGCAAAGAGACGGAUGAGAUGUACAAGUUCAUGUGCCCAACGAGCUCCGGGCUCGACGACGACCUGAAGCUGAACCCGGCCGUCGACCCCGACCUGCCGAAGAUGGCGUGCGAGAAGGUGCUGGUGUGCGUGGCGGAGAAGGAUUGGCUGAGGGGUAGAGGGGUGAAGUACUACGAUACGCUGUGCGGGAGCGAGUGGAAGGGGAAAGCGGAGCUUGUGGAGGCUAAGGAUGAGGGACAUUGCUUUCAUUUGUUUAGCAAGAACGAGAGGGCUGAGCAAUUGAUCAAGAAGAUGGUUGAUUUCAUCACCGAGGAUUAGAUUAGAUUAGAUAUAACGAGGAAAACACCCCUUUUAAUUAGGGUUGAUUUUCCAUAUAAAUAAUCGAAGCUUGUUUUUAUGUGUUUAUAAAAACAUUUCUUCUCCA